GACCUCAAAAACUAAGCAUAGACCAUAUCUGAAAAGCAGCUGAUUACUCCUCACUUAGAAUUCAUAGAUACUGAAUAAUACUACUUUGUUCUAUAGGGUUUAUCUCCUGUUAUCAUCAUCUUCUAAUGAUAUAUCAUUGAUCAUUAUCCAAAAAUUAAGAGGAACCAAUAAUGAAUGGUUUUCACUAUGAGGGUUCAUCAUAUUCACCUGGAACCAGCUCAAGUGAAGAUUCUGCUGAGUAUAAUAAAUAUUCCAACCCCAUCCUCAGAUACAUAAGUGACAUCCUCAUGGAGGAGGAAGAUGACUUGGAGAACAAACCCUGUAUGUUGCAGCAGUGUUUGAAGCUCCAAGCUGCUGAAAAAUCAUUCUCUGAAGUGCUUGGAAAUUCAUCAAAUUCUAUACCCUCUCAAGGGUGUGAUGAAAACAACCGAGAUGGUGAUUAUGGUCGGACCACCAGCUUCGAGAGCUAUAGCAGCUGCACCACUGAUCAUAACUCUUAUGAGUCUGAUUGGGUGAAUCUUGUUGGUGAAUAUGAAUCUUCUUUGCUACAAGCCCCUGAUAAUGACUCUUAUGAGUCAGAUUGGCUCAAUCUUCUUGACUCCCCAAAUGAUGGAUCUUCAGAAAUUCACUACCAGAACAUGGUGCUGCAGACAAACAAUGAAGAGGGAUCUCGAUCUGGAACAACAGGAACAAGGGAAAAGAGAAGUAUUCAGGUUGAUGAUGAUACUUCUUAUGAACAAGGUCGAAGAGGAAGCAAGAUCUCAGCUGUUUUCUCUGAUGAGUCAGAGCCACCAGAGAUUCUUGAUGAAGUGCUGCGUGUUCAGAUUGGAAGAAGUCAAUGUUUAUCUGGUGUUGAACCCUUACCAGAGAAUGAGAUGCCGAAGAGGCAGAAUGUUGACUCAGUUGGAUCCAGUGGAAAGACGGCAAGAUCGAAGAAAGGAAGCAGCAGAAAUAGCAACACAGGUGCAACUGUGGAUUUAUGGAGUCUGCUAACUCAGUGUGCACAAGCAGUGGCAAACUAUGAUCAGAGGAAUGCAUAUGAUACACUCAAGCAGAUUAGGCAACAUUCUUCACCAGCUGGGGAUGGAAUGCAGCGUAUGACGCAUUACUUCGCCAUUGGCCUUGAGACACGGUUGAAUGCUGGAACACCUUCAUAUCUUCCCCUUGAUAUGGCAUCUGCUGCUGAUAUGUUGAAAGCUCACAAACUAUAUGUGACAGCUUCUCCUUUGCAGAGGAUGACAAAUACAUUUGCAACCCAAACAAUCAUGAACCUAGUACAGAAUGAAAGCUGUGUUCACAUUAUUGACUUUGGAAUUUGCUAUGGUUUCCAGUGGCCCUGCCUUAUCAAGCGUCUGUCACAGAGAAAUGUGCCUAUAAAGCUUCGUAUAACCGGAAUUGAUCUUCCUCAGCCGGGAUUCCGGCCGGCAGAAAGGCUCGAGGAGACUGGUAGACGCCUGGAGAAUUACUGUAAGAGGCACAAUGUGCCUUUCGAAUACAACUGCAUUGCACAGAAAUGGGAAACAAUCAGGCUUGAGGAUCUUAAAAUAGACAGGAAUGAAGUGACAGUGGUUAACUGCUUUUACAGGCUGAAAAACCUGCCGGAUGAAACUGUGUUAGUAAACAGUCCAAGAGAUGCAGUGUUGAAGCUGAUCAGGAGCAUUAAUCCAAACGUCUUCCUGCAUGGGGUAGUCAAUGGCUCUUAUAGCGCGCCGUUUUUCCUGACACGCUUCAGGGAGGCGCUCUUCCACUUCUCGUCACAAUUUGAUAUGUUUGAGGCUAAUGUCCCCCGCGAAGAUGCAGAAAGGAUGAUACUUGAGAAAGGGUUGAUUGGAAGGGAUGCUAUCAAUGUGAUAGCUUGUGAGGGAGCAGAGAGAGUUGAAAGGCCAGAGACCUACAAGCAAUGGCAGAUUAGGAACACGAGAGCAGGCUUCAAGCAAAUUCGGGUGGAUCAGGAAUUGGUGAAUGAAAUCAAGGGAAUGGUGAAGAAAGAGUAUCAUAGAGAUUUUGUGGUUGACCAGGAUGGCAAGUGGGUUUUGCAGGGCUGGAAAGGCCGUAUUCUUCAUGCUCUCUCUGCUUGGGUUCCUGCUUAAGCACUUAGUAACUUAGUCUUGUAAUGAGAUUUUACAUUAGGCCGGUUGAAACAAUACCAUAAAAGUUCUGUUGUAAUAUUUUCUUCCUCUAUGAUUGUAAAUAUCUAGAUAUUGAUGUUCAA